CAACCCCGCGCUCUUUCUCAACAAGAUGGCGGCGUUCAGCGCAACAUCACAAUAACCUCGACUUGUUUCGUCUGUCGCUUUAUAAAGCUCGCCUUUAUUCCUAUGCCGUCAUUAUAUCACAUUAUAAUAUAUUAUAAGAGUCAUUUAAGCUGUCUUUAAUUAAUCUGUGAAAGCAGAGACUUUUAGCCGAGCCUGAGUCAUGUCACCUUCAGAGAGCGACAGUAAAGUACCCGGAUUGAGAGGAGUGAGAACCACCUCCCUGUUCCGCGCGGUCAACCCGGAGCUCUUCAUCAAACCUAAUAAGCCGGUGAUGGCGUUCGGCCUCAUCACCAUCACGCUGUGUGUGGGGUAUCUGGGCUAUCUGCACGCCGUGAAGGAGAACUCUCAGGAGCUUUAUGAGGCAGUGGACAGUGAGGGGGAGAGAUACAUGCGGAGAAAAAGCUCAAAGUGGGACUGAGAGACGUGCAGAGAGACGCGUUUCAGAGACUCGACUGCGUUCAAUGUUGUUGAUUUCACUCUAAACACCAGAUUGAGUCCAUAAAUCACCGCUAAUAAUGGUCGAGUGUGUGUGUGUGUGUGUGAAUCAGCAGCACCGUGUUUUAUGCAUGUUUGCAUGCAUGCCUCGUUUGUUUGUGUGCUCGAGCAUGCAAACAAACAAGCAUGGAGUCGGUCAUGCUCGAGCCUGUUUGUUUGUUUGUUUGUUUGUUUGUUUUUACUGAGUUGUGUUCAUCUGAAUUAAAUAAAAAUAAUCAUAAUGCAGAA